UAGGUUACCAAGGUACCACAUGGUGCAUUAGAAUCCACCCUGACCUCUUUCAUCCCAUUUCCUAAUAGAGAAACGACAUUGUGCUGUGUCUUAAUCAACUAAACUCAAUGGGAUUCCCUUUUCUCUAUUUUUGGUGGCUUUAUUUACAUACUGGCCCUGUAGAAGCUAUCGCCAGCCAAGAACCAGAUUGCAGGGAGUGUGAUGGGGACGAUGAAGACUUUUGUGGGGUUGUGGGGCAAAUCCUGCUUUCAUACUGUAUUGGCAUUUUGGCUAUAACUCUCAUCAACCGCGCUUAUAUUUGGAUUCUCCAGAAAUGCCGAGAUGAAGGACUACCUUCUGGCAAAGGGACUAGCAAAUCAGAAGUUCCCAGGGACUCUGUCUGCAUGCGUCACAGCAGCUUCAACGUCUGGGAUUUCCUCAGCAAGUUCUUCAAUGGGCAAAACAAAAAGCACACCUGCCAGUCCGCUGAUCCUGCCUUAUAUUCAGAGGUGGCCGCAGCCUGGGCCUACUUAGAAAGCAAGCAAGCAAGGUUCGUCUCAAAGCUCAGCCAGCAGACUGUCUGUGAUGGUGACUCCUCAGACAUAAAUACCAAGGACUUGGAUUCAGGGGCAUCCUCGGGGAAGGAAAGUGAAACAGAAUAUAUCCCCACCACAGCUAGCCUUAGGCAGAGAAAGACAGAACUACUGAAGCAAAGGAAUACAGGGAGCCACCGGAUCAGGGAACAACCCUGCCUUCACUGCAAAGCCAAGAGGACAAGAAAAUGGCUGUCCCAGCAUUUCUUUAAUCCCAUGCCACCUCCUCAUGGGAAGAGCAGUUCAUUAGGAAAGAAUUCCUCCAGGGGUACCACCAUGUGACUUGCCUUCAUUUGAACUAUAUGUGGGUUUUUGUUUGCUUGAAGCCACUGCACUAGGUAGACAGAACCUGUGUGAAAACACAGCGUGGGAGGGUUCAAGGAAAUGACUCAUUUCAAUAAAACUUGGCUACAGACAAUAAAUGUACCCAGCACAAUGUGCUGGCUAAUGUAUGUA